AUGUCUGCAAUAGUUUCAUUACAAGUCAAAAAUGGAAACAAAAACAUCAAUUUGUCGUUGAUUGAUGAUAAAUUAUCUUUUGAGUUGAAUAUGAAAAGUGCAAACAAUAAUCCCAUAAGUAUUCCCGCUAGAAACAUUCUUUAUAUCGCUUUAGAUAAAACAAAAGAUACCUGCAUUAGAAUCAAUGUGCUUGUCCCAAAGGAUAAACUAACAUUAAAGUUAAAGGAGUUUUCUUUCCAAGUCAUUGAUGAAGAGUCAACACAAUCAUGGAUAAAGGCUGUUAAUUCGACAGCAUAUAAAGACGCGAAACAAGCGAAACAUUUCAAAGUUUUCGUUAACCCUUUUGGUGGUUCGGGUAAAGCUGUUAAGAUUUUCAAUCAAUCAGUUAAACCCAUCUUUGAUGCAGCAGGAUGUACCUAUGAUGUUACCAUGACAGAAUUUUCGAAUCAUGCGAAUAAUGCUAAAGAAGUCGUAAAAAAUUUAAAUCUUAAAGCUUACGACGCAAUUGUUACGGUUAGUGGUGAUGGUAUAAUUCAUGAAAUAAUCAAUGGCCUCUUAUCACGUGAUGACGCUCUCGAAAUUGAUAUCCCAAUAGGCACGAUUCCUGCGGGUUCUGGUAAUGCUUUGAGUAUUUGUCUUUUGGGUAAUGAUCACGGCGUUAGCGUUACACACGCUACACUUAAUGUAAUUAAAGGCGUCCCAAUGAAAAUUGAUACGUGUUCCGUUACACAAGGGAACGAAAAAUAUUUUGCUUUUAUGACUUUGAACUAUGGUAUUUUAGCGGACGGGGAUAUUUCAACCGACCACCUAAGAUGGAUGAAAAAUUUUCGAUUUUUUCUUGGUACCGUACAAGCAUUAUUUGGAAAUCGCAAUUAUGAUUGUGAAUUAGCGAUGAAAAUUGCCGAAGAUAAUAUUGUGAGAAUCAAACAAAAUUAUAAUGAAGUUUAUGAUAGUUCUAUUCUGGAUAUGAAAGAUAAACCUAGGACGCUUAUAAAUAAAUAUGGAACUGUAAAUGAUCCAAUUCCUCGAGGGUGGACAAUUUUGAAUGAUGAUGGAUAUAUUUUCUACGCUAGUAAAGUUCCUUGGGUAACGAGGAAUAAUAUGGUUUUUCCUUUUGCAUUACCGUCUGAUGGGCUUAUAGAUUUGAUGAUGAUUAAACGGAAUAAGGUAUCGAAAAUCAAAGUUGCAAAUAUAUGUAGCGAAGCGUUUGAAAAUGGAAGUCAUGUCAAUAUGAAAGAGUUGAAGUCCACCCCGGAUUAA